AUGGCUUUCCCUCUCAACCUCCACAUCAUUCUCUUUCUAUUGUCUUCUACUUCCAUCUCCAUUACCAAUGGAGCUUUCUCAGAACAAAACCCUAUAACCUUACCCACAAAACGCAUGGAAAAAACCACUCACCUUCACUUCUUCUUCCAUGACACUCUCGAUGGCAAAAACCCCAGUGCUGUCAGAAUCAUCAACCCAGAAAAGGGCAAUUUCGGAACUACAUUUAUGACCGAUGAUCCUUUAACAGAAGGACCAGAACCAAGCUCGAAGCUUGUGGGAAGAGCUCAGGGAAUGUAUGCUUGGGCGUCUCAACACGACGUCGUGUUGCUGAUGGUGAUGAACUAUGCGUUCAUAGAGGGGAUUUACAGAGGAAGCUCACUGAGUGUUCUGGGAAGGAACCCUCCACUGAAAGAUGUUAGAGAGAUGCCAAUUGUUGGAGGAAGUGGGGUGUUUCGAUUUGCCAGAGGUUUUGCUUUGGCUCAUACUCGUUGGUUUGAUCCUAAAUCUGGAAAUGCUAUUGUGGAAUACAAUGUUACUGUCAUUCAUUUCUAGGCCCUUUUUGUUUGGUUUUAUCUUAUUGUUUUAGCAGUUUUUGAAUAUUAUUGUUUUUAGCUUUUUGGUCAUCCUUUGUCUAGGGGAAUAGAAGGAAUUCAUGCACCUAUUUAUUGAAAGUUAAACAUAUAACCUCAUACUUAAGUACGACUUAAGUCUUAAGAGAUGUCUAGUAUCAGUUAGACCAAAUAGUUCUAACCAUAUCUGUUGAUAUAUUAAUAUUGUAUUUGUUUGAGCAAAGAAAAGCAAGUUGCUAAUGCUAUCUUUAA